AUGUCCAGAUUCAACAUCGGUCGAGCAGGUAUAGCGGUGUCAGUCCUUGCAGAUACAGGCCGGACCGGACUUUUCCAACACAGCAAAGAUGACACCGCCAACGGCGAUGGGGCUGUUUUCGGUCCAGGGCUUUAUGGUCCAUGGAUGCUGAUGGGCGCAAAGAGGCCCACGGGACGAUAUAGGCUAUUUUGA